CUUGUCGCCUCUCCCGCCUCCCACUCUUGUUUCUCCUAAUUAUCCUACCCACUUUUUGACCUCCUAAACAUCAGAAAUUGAUCCAGUCUCCCCCUUCUCCUAAAAAUGUAGUUCUAGUGGUAAUGGUGAUUGUUGCCUCAGUGUGGAGUGUCCGGGGGAGGGAUCUCGCGAUUGUUCGGAGAGGAAGGGGGGCGUUAUUUGGAAAAUGGCGCCCGUUGUUACCGGGAAGUUUGGAGAGCGAUGUCAGCCCCAGCGUUUAACAAGGGAAGCAAUGAGGACGUAUUUGAAAGAGAAAGACGAUCAAACAGUCCUCAUACUCCAUGCAAAAGUUGCACAGAAGUCCUAUGGCAACGAGAAAAGGUUUUUCUGCCCUCCACCAUGCGUCUAUCUGCUGGGCAGUGGUUGGCAGAAGAAGAUGGAGAGAAUGGAAAAGGAGGGCUGCACGGAGCAGGAAUCCCAGACCUGUGCUUUUAUUGGGAUUGGCAACAGUGAGCAGGAGAUGCAACAACUAAACCUAGAGGGAAAGCAUUUCUGCGCAGCUAAGACGCUGUACAUCAGUGACACAGACAAAAGGAAACACUUCAUGCUGUCUGUGAAGAUGCUGUAUGGAAACAGCGCCAACAUCGGAGUCUUCCUUAGCAAACGAAUCAAAGUAAUCUCCAAGCCUUCCAAGAAAAAGCAGUCCUUGAAAAAUGCAGACUUGUGUAUUGCAUCAGGAACAAAGAUAGCUUUAUUUAACCGCCUGCGAUCACAAACGGUCAGCACCAGGUAUCUCCAUGUGGAGGGGGGAAACUUUCACGCCAGCUCCCUGCAGUGGGGCGCCUUCUAUAUCCACCUCUUGGAUGAUGAUGAGUCAGAAGGGGAGGAGUUUGCUGUACGAGACGGCUACAUUCACUACGGCCAGACCGUCAAACUGGUGUGCUCUGUAACUGGCAUGGCACUGCCAAGACUGACCAUACGCAAGGUAGACAAGCAGGCAGCAUUGAUGGACGCAGACGACCCGGUGUCACAGCUCCAUAAGUGUGCAUUCUACCUAAAAGACACAGAACGGAUGUACCUUUGUCUCUCGCAAGAUAGAAUAAUUCAGUACCAGGCCGCACCGUGCAUCAAAGAAGGAAACAAAGAGAUCAUUAACGAUGGAGCCUGUUGGACCAUUAUCAGCACCGACAAGGCCGAGUAUACGUUCUAUGAAGGCAUGGGCCCCGUGACCACCCCUGUCACUCCUGUUCCUGUGGUGGAGAGUCUGCAGUUAAAUGGUGGAGGAGAUGUGGCCAUGCUAGAGAUAACUGGUCACAACUUCACCCCCAGCUUGAGGGUGUGGUUUGGAGAUGUGGAGGCUGACACCAUGUACAGAUGCGGCGAGAGCAUCCUGUGUGUGGUACCAGACAUUUCUGCCUUCAGGGAGGGCUGGCGCUGGGUUAGACAGCCCGUGCAAGUUCCUGUCACGCUGGUCCGUAAUGAUGGAAUCAUUUAUGCCACCUCCCUCACCUUCACCUACACAUCGGAACCAGGGCCACGUCCCCACUGCAGUGUUGCAGAGGCCAUUCUGAGGACACACAGCACCUCCUCACCAUCCCAUACUUCUUCACCUUCUUCCUCUUCAUUAGGCGGACUCACGAAUGGCCAGGGGGCUUACAGCAGUGGUGAUCCAGGUGUGUCAGUGUUGUCAUAGUGAUGCUCACACAGAAAGACAUACAAUGAAGCAGGCUUGUUUCCAAGGAGGGCAUUUUGACAACACCCGAUUGGAGAUCAACUGUGGAGGUGGAUGGAGAAAAUAAAUGACUGUUUAGCGCCAUCUAGUGGACAGUGGUGACCCUGACACAAAAAUCCUCACUCAAAAAUGUGCCUCUCAGCUGCGCUGUUUCAUGACAUUUGUAUUACAGUAUAGUUUAUAUAGCUUUUAUACCACUAAGCUCAUCUUUUUUAACUAACAAAAGAUGUGAAAUUGUUGCAAUCGUUUUUGUAUGAACAAGAGAUACUGCUAAACCUUUUUGCUAUUACAUUUUACUAUUCCAUUUUACAAGCUUUUGCUGCGGUACGUUUUGAUUAUCGCUUGUCGUACCAUUUGCAUAGUAUGUUCACGUUUGUUAGCUAGUUGAAAGUUAUCUGGUUAUGUUGUUUGAGACAAGAAUGGCAAAAUAUUCUAAACACCUCUCAGUAUAGUCCCUGCAAACUCCAGCCACAACAAUAAACAUUACAUCUUGUUCAAUGAAUCAAUCAAAACUGAGCAUUACCUUUGUA